GCUGUAUUUGUCGACCUACAGUCAGCAAGAAUGCAGUGGAAUCAGGCUGGAACAGCGCCCACUGCAGUCCGAACACAGCAAUCACCCCGACUCAUUUCUUUCUAAUUGGUUUCGCCUCGGCCAGUCCGCGGAGAGCUCACCUGCUUUUAAUUGGACUAUCGCGACAAGCUGCUGAAGUGACGUCAACCCAACCGCUUGACAAGUUUUCACGCGACGAUAUCUGAGGAUUUUCGCGCGAGAUUAAUCUUCUGCACCGCGGAGGGACGCGCUGUUCAGUAGGCUGACGAGAGGAGCGAGGGGCGCAGGCAUCUUCAGCCCGUGGAUGGAUGUAUGGAUGUAGGGCAGAGGGGACACAGAGCAUUUUGACAUGGACCAAAUAGAUUUUAGUUGAGAGCAAAAGAGCAGGGACAUUGACUUUAUAUGAAUAGUCUGGUGUGAGUUAUUUUCUCCCCACAAGCUGCUCCUUCUGUUACCCUGAAAUCAGCAAAGAUACAUUUUUUUUUGCGCAAGUGGUCGGUGCGCCCCUGCCUCCGGAUCCAUGGGUUGCACUGUGAGCGCAGAGGAUAAGGCUGCGGCGGAGAGGUCAAAGAUGAUUGACAAAAACCUCCGAGAAGAUGGAGAGAAGGCAGCAAGAGAGGUGAAAUUGCUCUUAUUAGGUGCUGGGGAGUCUGGGAAGAGCACCAUUGUAAAGCAAAUGAAGAUCAUCCAUGAAGACGGCUACUCAGAAGAUGAGUGUAAGCAGUAUCGAGCAGUUGUUUACAGUAACACCAUCCAGUCGAUUAUGGCCAUUGUUAAAGCCAUGGCCAGCCUCAAGAUAGACUACAGUGACCCUGCCAGAGUGGAUGAUGCCCAGCAGCUCUUUGCCCUGGCUGCAACUGCAGAGGAGCAAGGCAUUCUUCCUGAAGACCUGGCCAACGUGAUCAAGCGGUUGUGGGCCGACAGCGGCAUACAGAGUUGCUUUACGAGGUCGCGAGAAUACCAGCUCAACGACUCAGCAGCAUAUUACCUGAAUGAUCUGGAGAGGAUAGCAAAAGCAGAUUACAUCCCCAGCCAGCAGGAUGUGCUACGCACUCGGGUUAAAACGACCGGCAUUGUUGAGACUCACUUCACUUUUAAGGAACUGCACUUCAAAAUGUUUGAUGUGGGAGGCCAGCGAUCAGAGAGAAAGAAGUGGAUUCACUGCUUUGAAGGAGUAACAGCUAUUAUCUUUUGUGUUGCACUGAGUGCAUAUGACCUGGUGCUGGCUGAGGAUGAAGAGAUGAACCGAAUGCACGAGAGCAUGAAGCUUUUUGACUCCAUCUGCAACAACAAGUGGUUCACUGAAACCUCCAUCAUCCUCUUCCUGAACAAGAAGGAUCUGUUUGAGGAGAAGAUUACUCGCAGCCCCCUCACCAUCUGCUUCCCCGAAUACACAGGAACCAACAAGUUUGAUGAAGCUGCCAGUUACAUCCAGACCAAGUUUGAGGACCUGAACAAGAAAAGAGACACUAAGGAGAUCUACACCCACUUCACCUGUGCCACUGACACCAAGAAUGUUCAGUUUGUCUUCGACGCUGUCACUGAUGUUAUUAUUAAGAACAACCUGAAAGACUGUGGUCUUUUCUAAAGGACAAAACAGAACACACACAGACUGCAUGAGAGACUGCAAUAGCCAUGUGACGAUUCCUGCUUUUCAUAAUAAAAACUAUGUUGAUUGCUUCUGAAAGAGGAACCCGUCAGAAAUUCUGCAAACACUGAUUUACAGACAUCACCUACAUCAACAUUUCACUUUUUAGGAAGUUUUCUUUUAUUCAAAUUAAAAUCAAACACAUAUUUGAUCCUAAAACACAAUUUAUACUCUAAUUUGAAACUAUGACACUUUAAUUAGAUCUGUAACAACAUAUUAACCUUGUAGCUUUUGUUGGAAAUGUAAAGCUUGACAUCCUAUAACAGCACAACGUUGGUGGAAAUAUAGCAGAAUUUCAAAGAGGUUUAUUAUUAAUCGAUCAUUUUUAUGACACCUGCUCUGAUGGUUUUAUUUCUUAUUUGCCUGUUUUUGUAUUCAGGUUUUUCAUUAAUUUUGUCUCGUUUUAGGCUGAAAAAGGGAAACAAUUGACAGAAAAAAAAACUUUUUAUAAAAGAACAUAAGAACUUAUGUUAACUAUCAUCUUAAGACCCUUUUAAGUGCACAGAGAUUAUUUUUAGAAGAAAACUAAUGAACAUGGAGAUUGAAACUGCGGGCAAAAGAGAGAUGUUUUUUGUACACUGUUUACACAAAAUCAAUAUUCACACUUGUGUAGUGGAACGUUCUGCAUGAUCCUCCAUAGAUUAGCCUGUAAUCUCCCCCAUAAACUGAUUAACAACCCCUAAAGCAUCUUGUUAAGAAAUAAAAAAAAAGCAGAAAUGGUUAAUGUGUCACUUUUAAUGUAUAUGUAUGACUUUUAAAUGAUUGUCUGUUCCCAACAAAGAUUGUUUUUUCAGUCUUUUCAUUCCAAGUCUUUUUAAACAUAUGUUUGUGCCUUGAUAUCUGUUUACACUUGUUCUUUAGAGACAUGCCAUCUCCAUUGUGUGAAUUAGGGCUAUUUUUAUUCCACCCAAGGACACGAGAUCAAUGAUUUAUGAUGCAACACCACACAGAGAUAAAUGGAUGAUCGUUGCUCAUUACUAUUAUUCUAAUUCACUUGUUAAAUGUAAAUAAAGUUUGACCACAUUAA